UAGCCGCUAGGUGAACAUGUCGUCGGGUUACUCGGCUAACCAGUAUGAAAAUGCGUUCAACUCGCAGAAACUGCAAAAUUGGACCGUGCCAAAGCAUUUCAAGGAGAGGCCCUCAGCAGCACAGGGCCACACCAUCUUCAUUGCCAGUGACCGUGGACAUCUCCUACCAGGAGUGAAGGCUAAGCGUGGCAGUGCGUGGCCAGAUUUUAAGGGGACAUGGGAGCUGCCUGCUCAUCUUCCUCCUGCCUCCAUCAACCCCACGGCUCGCUCUGAGGAGGGCAGACAGCGUCUCACACACACAUACACACACUCCGGACAUGGCAUCCACACACACAGGGCUGCCAAAACCACCGCCGCUCCAGCUGCAGACGGCCAGACGGAAGGGGAUCAGACCUGCAAUGCCCCAACCUCAGAGAGACCAGUCACAGGAGAAAGACCAGUCACCGGGCAAUCGGGUCGUGGGGAGAGACCUUUGACUCAAGCCUCAGAGAGAGAGCAGUCUCUCACCCUGACAUACAGCAAGAGGAGAGAGCAGUCACUAGAGGAAACACCUCAGCUGGAGAGAGAAGAGCCACAAUAGGAAACACCUCAGCUGGAGAGAGAACAGUUAUCCAGGGAGAGAGAGAACCCUGUUCAGCUGCCCAAGAGAAUCACACACAGGGUGACUAGUAAAACAUAUCUACCUCCACAUCUCUCUUUCUCUCUCCAUCUUUCUCUCGAGCAGUCUCACACCCAGAAUAUAUUUUGUUUCCUGAUGUA